UCAACUCGCGAGUCAGUUUUGUUUGUUUUGAAUGCAUCCAAACAGCUGCCGUCAGGGGGAAAGUUCUACGUGACUUUUCGAAGCAAAAAGCAAAUCUGCUGGCUCUGAAAAUGCAAGUUCCCAGCAGCAACCCGACGGAAUACUGCCGGCUUUGUUUUUCCCAACACUCGCUGCAAAAUGUGCUUGAAAAGUUCGAUCCCAGCAAGUUGCUGCUGACUCAGAUGCAAAACUGUCUCGGCCUGUGGCUUGCGCCGGAACAAGAUUUUCCCUGUGCCGUGUGCCGUUUAUGCGCUUCGGCGCUCGACACAUUUCAGGCGUUUCGGGAGCGGACGGGCGAGUGCGACCAGGUGAUCAAACAGCUCCGGAAGGUGGGAGAAGUGCUUGCCCCGGUGGAAUCGAUCAAGGUGGAGAUUUUGGACGAUGAGGGCGGGAGUGACGCGGAGGAAGGUGCACUUGUGAUUGACGAGCCGGAACCGGUGAAUGAGGAGGAUUCCGAGGUGGAGACUCAGCCGACUGUGCUGCCGGAGCCGGUUUGGGUUCCGGUGGAGAAUGCCAAACCGAGGCGGUCGGCCCGGUACGUUUGUAUGGAGUGUGAAAACACGUUCAGCUGCAGCCAAGCAUUGGCAAGACACCAGCGGGAAAUCCACGGCGAUGAGGAAACUCCGCCCAGCCCUCGGAGGAAGAAGGGCAAAACCCGGCACUAUUCGUGCGGGCAGUGCAGUGCCGUAUUCUACGGUUACGGAGCAGCUCUGACCCAUUUGGCUCAGGCACACAAGACUACCGGGGAGGAAGCGGUGGCCGAAAUGAUCACCGGGGAUGUUGAGCAGCAGGUGGCGCCGUCGAGUAAUACGCCAACGCCACCGCCCAAGAAAGCGAAGCCAAAGAAGACGCUCAAGUGCCACAACUGUCCGAAAAUGUUCCUCUGCAUGCGGACGCUCGACGUGCACAUGAGGACGGCCUGUAAGGUCCAGAUGACGCAGACGAGCGAUUCGAUCGUGUCGAUAUCGCCGAAGGAGCUGCGCAAGCAGUUGUUUGGAAGCGCGCCACGAGGGACACAUCGUCCGACCAACAGCACGGGCAGCUGCUUCCGGUGUGGAAUCUGCAACGAGGUCAUCGUUGGUUCGUCGGCGUUUCUCGCGCAUCGCCGUAACGUCCACGGAGGGACAACGACGGGCGAAUCGCCGGCCAAGAAGAGUGCGACCGAGGGGACUGAGGCGUAGAUCGUUUGACCUUUUUUUUUACUUUUUUGAGUAUUUUUGAUCAGCAAAAAGUGUAUUUAAUUUAUCCUAACUGACAUGAAAUAAAUUUGUUUCCAUUAUUUUUGAAAAUUCAUGAAAGUUUUUCUUUAAAGAAAACUAAUAAAAGACUUUACUUAACAA